AUGCCAAUUAAAGCUAUACCUAAAGUAUCCAUAGGAAGAAAUGGGAUAGGAUCAUUUGUGAAUCCAUGUCAUAGAAUAACAGUUCAAUAUUGUAAUUGGGGAGGAUCAUCAACUCAUCUUCGUGAAUUAUUAACUAAUGGAGGAUUAAAUAAUUAUGCUAAAUCGAAACCAAACAUUUUUUUUGAAAUUAAACAAUUACGUGGUCAUCCUAAAUUAAUUUUCCAUUAUAAUAAUAAUGUUAUUAAAGAAGUGGAAAUAAAGAAUAUUAAACAAAAUGAAAUUAUUAAAACUCUUAAUGAAUAUAGUCAACGAUCAGGUAAUGAAUUAUUUAAAUUUAAUCAUAAAGUCAAAUCAAUUAAUGAUUCUGUUAGAGGUAUUUGGUCUCCAUUACAAGUUCCUAAAGGUUAUAGACAUAAAAUUUAA